AUCCCCCAAAAUCCCUGCUUUUCUUCUCUUUUGCCCCUUUUCUUAUUCCCUCGCACGUUUCUUCCUUUUAUCAAAAAUUCUCAAGCAAAAACGACAGUCCAUAAACACAAAAGAAACAAAAGCUUCCUCCUUUUUCUUAUAGUCCAAUAUCCCUCUCACUCACCCUCCCCGUGAACAGAGAUCCUCUCCCUCCUCUUCCUCUGUUUCAGCUCUGUUCCCUUUCCUCUUCAAUGGGCUUGGUGACCCUCCUCAUCAUCGGCCUAUUCCUCGUCUCGUCAGCAAGUGUCUGUUCGUCGACGUCUAUCAAGACCGAUGCGGAGGCGCUGCUCCUGUUCAAGAAGAUGGUCCAGAAGGACCCGAACGGGGUGCUGUCCAACUGGGACAUUAACAGAGACCUUUGUUCUUGGAAUGGUGUCACCUGCUCACUCGGCAGGCUCACUCAGCUCGAUCUCAGUGGGAACUACCUUGUCGGGCACGUCUCCUUCUACCCUUUAGGAUCCUUGGACAUGCUGUCCGUCCUGAAGCUCGCCUCUAAUUCCUUCAUCAUCAAUUCGACCUCGCUGCUUCAGCUUCCUUACGGGCUGAAACAGCUCGACCUAUCACUGUCAGGGCUCGUCGGUCUUCUCCCGGAGAACUUCUUCACCAAGUGCCCCAACUUGGAGGACGUGAACCUCUCAUUCAACAACCUCACUGGACCGCUGCCAGAGAACUUCUUCGCCGGCUCCGACAAGCUCCAGUCCCUCGACAUCUCGUACAACAAUCUGACAGGGCCGAUCUCGGGCCUGAGGAUCCAGAGCUCGUGCUCUCUCCUCCAGCUUGAUCUCUCGGCGAACCGUAUUGGCGGUAGUAUGCCUGUGGCAAUCUCAAACUGCACCAAUCUGCAGUCACUCAACUUGGCCACGAACUUGUUCUCGGGCCCGAUUCCGAGGUCCUUCGGGCAGCUCACAAGCCUCCAGAGGCUUGACCUGUCUCAUAACAAUAUCACAGGCUGGGUUCCUCCAGAGCUCGGGAAUGCCUGCAGCUCGCUACGCGAGCUCACUCUCUCGUACAACAACCUCUCGGGCCCGAUUCCUGUCACGUUCUCGUCUUGCACAUGGCUCCAAGAUCUCGACCUCUCAAACAACAACAUCUCUGGCCCAUUACCUGGCCAGCUACUGCAAAACCUGCAGUCACUCGAGAACUUAAUACUGAGCAACAACAUGAUCUCGGGUCCAUUUCCGGCUUCACUCUCGCACUGUAAGAACUUGAGGGUAAUCGACUUUAGCUCAAACAAGUUCUCUGGUGUCAUCCCGCCUGAUUUAUGCCCCGGGGCUGCCGCGCUCGAGGAGCUGCGCGUCCCAGACAAUUUGAUCUCUGGCAAGAUCCCGCCAGAAAUAUCCAAGUGUUCAAAGCUGAAGAGGAUCGACUUCAGCCUCAACGACCUUGUGGGCGAGAUCCCUGCAGAAAUCGGGCAGCUCGAGAAUCUUGAGAAGCUGAUCGCGUGGUUCAACGGGCUCGAAGGUAAAAUUCCACCAGAAUUAGGCAAAUGUAAGAAUCUCAAGAAUCUUAUUCUUAACAACAACCAUCUCACUGGCGAAAUUCCGGUCCAGCUGUUCAGUGCGAGCAACUUAGAGUGGAUUUCUCUGACAAGUAAUGAGCUAACCGGACAAAUUCCUCGUGAGUUCGGUCUUUUAACUAGACUGGCAGUUCUUCAAAUUGGGAAUAACAGCCUCACUGGUGAGAUACCGUCCGAGCUGGGAAACUGCAGAAGCCUCAUAUGGCUGGAUUUGAACAGCAAUAAGCUUACUGGGAAAAUACCUCUCCGACUCGGGAGGCAACUCGGGGCGCCAAAGGCGUCGAACGGGAUGUUUGCAGGAAAUACUUUGGUCUUCGUUAGGAAUGUGGGCAAUUCUUGCAAAGGAGUCGGAGGUUUGUUGGAAUUUGCCGGGAUUAGACCCGAGAGGCUCUUGCAGGUCCCAACUCUAAGGAGCUGUGACUUCACGAGACUGUACUCAGGCCCGAUUCUGAGCCGGUUUACGAGCUAUCAGACACUGGAAUACUUAGACCUCUCAUACAAUCAGCUUCGGGGAAAGAUUCCUGAUGAGAUGGGCGACAUGGUGGCUUUGCAGGUUCUUGAAUUGUCUCACAAUCAGCUUUCUGGGGAGAUCCCUUCGUCGCUUGGGAAGCUAAAGGACUUGGGCGUCUUCGACGUGUCGCAUAAUAGGCUGCAGGGUCAGAUCCCCGAUUCCUUCUCGAACUUGUCGUUCCUCGUGCAGAUUGACCUAUCAUACAAUGAAUUAACGGGACAGAUCCCACAGAGAGGGCAGCUUAGCACCCUUCCAGCAUCCCAGUUCCAAAAUAACCCGGGACUCUGUGGGGUCCCGCUCUCCGAGUGCAAGAAUGACCAGACUCCGGCAGAUGCCACUUCAGGGACUGAUCGAGGAGGACGAAAGAAACAGGCUACUUCCUCGUGGGCCAACAGCAUUGUUUUGGGGAUCCUCAUUUCAGUCGCUUCCAUCUGUAUCCUGAUUGUGUGGGCAGUGGCAAUGCGGGUACGAAGGAGGGAGGCUGAGGAAGUUAAGAUGCUCAAUAGCUUGCAAGCUUCCCAUGCUGCCACGACGUGGAAGAUCGACAAGGAGAAGGAGCCGCUGAGCAUCAAUGUAGCCACCUUCCAAAGACAGCUGAGGAAGCUCAAGUUCUCGCAGCUCAUUGAGGCGACAGACGGGUUCUCAGCAGCGGCCCUGAUCGGGUGUGGUGGGUUCGGGGAGGUCUUCAAGGCCACGCUCAAGGAUGGGUCAAGCGUCGCGAUCAAGAAGCUCAUCAGGCUGAGUUGCCAGGGGGACCGGGAGUUCAUGGCAGAAAUGGAGACCUUGGGGAAGAUCAAGCACCGGAACCUCGUCCCCCUGCUCGGAUACUGCAAGGUCGGGGAGGAGAGGCUGCUUGUGUACGAGUUCAUGGAGUACGGGAGCCUUGAUGAAGUCCUACAUGGGAGGUCGAAGCCCCACGAUCGGCGGGCCCUCACUUGGGAGACACGGAAGAAGAUUGCCAGGGGGGCUGCCAAGGGCCUCUGCUUCCUUCACCACAACUGCAUACCUCACAUCAUCCACCGGGACAUGAAGUCGAGCAACGUCCUCCUCGACCAUGAGAUGGAAGCUCGAGUCUCAGAUUUCGGGAUGGCCAGGCUAAUAAGCGCGCUGGACACCCACCUCAGUGUCAGCACCCUGGCGGGCACGCCCGGGUACGUUCCCCCGGAAUAUUACCAGAGCUUCCGCUGCACUGCCAAGGGGGACGUCUACUCCCUUGGUGUUGUCCUCCUAGAGCUCCUGACUGGCAAACGGCCUACCGACAAGGACGACUUCGGGGACACGAACCUUGUCGGGUGGGUAAAAAUGAAGGUGCGUGAGGGGAAGCAAAUGGAGGUGAUCGACCCGGACCUGCUAGCAGGGACUGGGAAGGGGGCAGACGGGGCGGCGGAUGUCGAGGCCGAGGCCGAGGAGGUGAAGGAGAUGGUGAGGUACCUAGAGAUCACUCUGCAGUGUGUAGAUGACUUCCCUUCAAAGAGGCCUAACAUGCUCCAAGUUGUGGCAAUGCUCAGGGAGCUUGUGCCUAAUGGAAGCAGCCACAGCGGCUAAAAAUUGAUUAAAGAGAUGGAAUUUUUUUUUUUGUGUAAUUUUUUGGUUGAUGAUGAUCAUCUCUUGGGCUAGUGUAAGUAGAGACAAUCAAAAUGCCUGUAAGUUCUGCAAUUUAUCAGAUAAAUUUCUACUUGUUUAUAGAGACAAUCAAAACGCCUGUAAGACAUGGAAAGAGGCAUGGCGUAUCAUAUGGAAGGGGAAAACUCAACAUUUGAA